AUGGACAAGUCAAACCAAAGGAGGAUUGUGCUGCUGGGGAAAACAGGAUGGGGAAAAAGCAGUGCAGGAAACACCAUCUUUGGAGGAGAUGAAGAGUUCAAGAUAGACAGUUCAGCCAAGUCCAAAACACAAAAGUGUGAAACAAAGACCAAGAUCAUCAAUGGAAGAAAGGUCACUGUAGUAGACACACCUGGACUCUAUGACACAAACAUCCCUGAAGAGGAGCUGAAACCUGAACUAGUGAGAUGUAUUGUAGAAUGUUCUCCAGGGCCACAUGCCUUUCUCAUUGUGCUUAGAGUGGACAGGUACACAGUCCACAAGGAAAGAGUCAUUGCAGAAAUUGAGGAAUGUUUUUCACCAGAGGCCUUCAAAUAUGCCACAGUUCUCUUCACUCAUGGUUACCAGCUCAAAGGUAGAGCCAUUGAUGAUUUUGUGAAAACUAAUGAGAAAUUGAGUGAGCUUGUGGAGAAAUGUGGUGGCCGCAGUCAUGUCAUUGAUAAUGAAUUCUGGAACAACAGUCAGCAGAGUCAGUACAGCAACCAGUACCAUGUAGCAGAGUUACUCAACACCAUAGAGAAGAUGGUGAGAGAGAAUGGAGGAGGAUGUUACACCAACGAGUUGCUCAAAGCAGUGAAGCGGGAAAUAAAAGUAGAGAUAGAAAGUAUUACAGAGGAGUCAAAAGGCCAGAAGUCACCGGAAGAGAUCAAAGAACAGGCCACUGAAAAUGUGUGGAAGAGACUCCUGAUUAAAUUGACAGGGAUAGCAACAGGUACAAUAGUGGCAGCUCUCCUUGGGGUUGAAGUGGCAGUAGCAUUAGUUCGCUCAGUACUUGGUAAGAUUCCCACGGUAACUGAACUUGAGGCAGGAGGACUAGGAGCAGCAAUAACAGUAAGCAUAGCUGGAGGACUUGUUGCUGGGGGAGCAAUAGGAGGGGGGAUGAUAGGAGCUACUGCAGCAGAGGAUGCAGAGACACCAGGAGAGGCAGCAAAGAAAGCAGCUGAGGCAGUCUGUGAGGUGGGUAAGUAUAUCCUGGAGGAGGGUAAAGGUAUUUUGGACAGUGUAAGAAGUGUGUCAGAGGGGUACAGCAAACUGAGUUUGAGUGAAGAAAAGAAGUAG